AUGGUCUGGACGCGUAUCGACCUAGGGGAACGAAUGCUUUACAUUGACGACAUCAUUAUCAUCGGAGAUUUCAAUCUGCCUGGUUUAAAGUGGUGCUCCUCCCAAAGCAGCUUCUUGUUUGCUGACCCGGAAAGAUCCUCGUUCACGUUGCCCUCCAACAUCAUCCUCGACGCUCUAAGUACGACUACUCUCCGGCAAAUCAACAACAUCGUUAACGAAAAUGGCCGUUCUCUCGAUCUCUGUUUCGUUAAUGACGGGUCUCUUUCACCAACAAUCGAAGAAGCUCCUGAGCCUCUGGUCAAGUCCGUCCCUCACCACCCCGCUUUGCUGCUUUCGCUCGAUAUUUCUGGCAUUGUCACCGUUACCGAAAAACCGGCUUCCUUCUUCCACGACUUUAAAAGUGCCGAUUUUUCUGCGAUUUUUCAAACUCUGGACACCAUCAACAGGGAAUCUGAACUGGACCCUUUUGAUCCAAACGCUGCUGCUGUUAAGUUUACCCACAUUGUCAACUACAUUAUCGAUCGCCAUGUGCCGAAACGCUCUGCAGUCUCAAAUCUACGAGCACCUUGGGUCACGAAAGAGUUGCGGCAAAUGAAAACGCUGAAGAAUAAAGCCCUCCGUUAUUACACCAGGCACAAGACUCUCCAAGCCAAACAUCAGUAUCGCAAACUUAACUCAGCCUAUAAAAUACUAAGCACGCGUUGCUAUCAGAGCUACCUAAUCCGGAUCCAGCGUGGUUUUAAAACCAAACCUAAAUCCUCCUGGCAGUACAUCAAGGAUCAACGGAAGGAAUCCAGCUUACCUUCAUACAUGUUCUUGGAUGAUACGUCGGCGACAUCGGACCGUGAUAUCUGUAAUCUCUUCGCACAGAAAUUCCGUAGUAUUUUCGACUCUGGCUCAAUAUCCUCGGAGCAGUUAAAUAGUGCUACAAGCAACGUUCCUCAUUUGAGCACUUCAUUCGAUAAUUUCGCAGUCGACGAAGAUACAAACUUGAAGGCUUCCGUGAAGCUGAAACACAGUUAUUCUGCCGGACCGGACGCCUACAUGUUUCCGGUCUACAAGAAAGGCGACAGGAGGAAUGUCAACAACUAUCGCGGUAUUUCUGCCUUAUGCGCUAUUGCCAAGUUAUUUGAGCUGGUUGUUUUAGACCCUAUCUUCUCGUACUGCAAACCUUAUUUUUCUUAUGAUCAACAUGGCUUUAUGCCUAAGCGCUCUACGACCACUAACCUGCUGGCGUUCACGUCUAAGGUGCAAGACAGUUUUGCUUCAGGAUUCCAAACAGACGCCAUCUACACCGACCUGUCAGCCGCUUUCGACAAAGUGAACCAUGAAAUUGCUAUCGCCAAACUCGAUCGCAUUGGUUUUUGUGGGUCUCUACUGGAAUGGUUUCGCAGCUACCUGUCUGUGAUAAAACCUUUCCUGGGCCACAAUACUUCACUGUACCUACGCAAGGACAAGGAUAUCCCCGAAAUGGAGAAGGUCAUGUUCACUGAAAAAUUUUGCAAGGUAAUGGUGUGGCAGGCAAUUUGCGAGUGCGGCAAAAUAUCUAGCCUGUACGUCACAUCGGAAACAAUGAACACCCAGAACUACAUCAAGAAAUGCCUCCAGAAGCGUUCAUUGCCGAUGUUCAAGCAGCAUGAUGGACCCGUCAUAUUUUGGCCCGAUUUGUCAUUCCCGAAACGCGAUAGGAAACCUGGCCCUGCUGACCUUACAAUGGACAAUAAAAUCAAGGAUUACUAUAAACGAACUUCAGACCCAUCGGAAGCAGGAGCAGCCAAAAAGAGUACCAACCGGCUUAAUCCGUAA